CUUUGAACUUUGCGCAUUUUCUCGUUCGAUAUUAUUGUGGAUCUGAUAUGGCCGCUGCUUAAUAACAUUAUCAUGGCAAAACACAUUAAUGUGUCAGAAUUGAAGGGAUUUGAUUGGUGGGUGCAGUUCAGAGAUCCAUAUGAUACCAUAGAGAAACAUGCCUCUUUCCUUGGAGUAGAAAUAGUUGGUUUUACAGGAACUCUGCUUACCCUUAUACAUGCUAUAAGAAAUGGUGGUAGAUUUCGAUGGUUAUGGUUGGCAACCCUUUUACAUGGAAUAACAGUGGAAUGUGUUUCUUAUUUUAUACCAGAUAUUGAUAAUUUCUGGCAUGCCCAAGGUGUGGUAACCUUCCUCGGACUCAGGCUUCCACUAUACAUUGCUUUAAUAUAUCCAUACUUUAUAUAUACAGCCUCUGUAGCAGUAUCACACAUGAGGUUACCCUGGUGGGGAGAACCAUUUGCAGUUGGUGUAUCAGUUGUAUUCAUAGACUUGCCUUAUGACAUCAUGGGUAUAAAGUCAUUAUGGUGGACCUGGCAUGACACUGAUCCUAACAUUUACGAUCGUCAUUAUUGGGUACCAUGGACAAGCUAUUACUUUCAUGCAACAUUUGCUUGUGGAUUCACAUUUGUAUUCCAUGGAAUAAGAAAACUUCUGGAUAAUCAAACAGAAAAAUGGGUCUCAUCAAGUUUUUCUAAGGAGCUUCUCACAUGUGUAUUAACUGGACUUCUUGGUAUGCCAUUAGGAGUUUUACAAUUUUUACCAAUUUACCAUCCUCUCCAUGAUACCAACAAGUUACACUCAGAAGUUUGUGUUGCUCUGCUGUUUGCUGUCUAUGUUAUGAUUAUAUGGUCUGCAGACAGAUCUAAAUCUGAAAGCAAACCAACAGAUAGGAAAAAUAAAUACAGAAGUGAGAUCCUGCUUCAUUUAAUCCUCCAUUACGGAUUCUACAUCGUUCUUGUAUUCAUAUCUAAACCAGAAAAUAAUGUAGUCACAGGUCUCCAUGAACCUGUAGGAGCUUGUCAGGAAACUGUACCCGUCUAUACAGCAUUUGGUCAUGUGUUAGCAAAGAAUAAAUAUUUAUGUUUGGACCACUACGAUGAAGCCAUUUUUGACUUUCACUGUGUGAAGAAUUUACCAAAGCCUGGCACAGACUAUUAUACAAUUUGUGGAACAAAAUUUCCUAACCAUGCUGAAUAUAUUGCAGUUAUUUGUGGUGUAUGUACAUUUGGAUUUUUUUGGUUUUUCCAGAUUAUGACACAAUCAUACAGCCUUCCUAGAACAACACCAAAGAAAGUCAAACAGAAUUAACUUGUUUACUAUAAUAUUCCAAUGAAUAUGUUAUGGUUACUAGUCAAAAACUGUAUGUUCAAAUCUUCCCCUUUAAAAUUACUGCUCCAUUGUACCAUUCAUUAUAUUGUAUGGUGCUGUGUUUUUUGUCUGUCUAUAGACAAUUUGAUUCCCAGCUAUAACUUUUAUUCAAGUUAACCAUUUCUUGUUAGAUUUUGUCACAAAAAUAAAAGCAUUGAUUUUUGAGAUGCUAGUCACACCUUUUAUUAAAGGUGAAUAGGGUUAUACAUGUUGUCUUUACAAAUAUCAGUGUAGAAUAUGUUUUCAUCAGACAGUUAGUCUGUUGAUUUUUUUUUAUUAGCAAAAUCAUGUAAGAAUAUUUUAAGCUUUACAGAAAAGUCUUUUAGAGCUUUACUACCAGAAGCUGUAGUUCUAUCAAAAAUCACCUGACUUAGCUUUAUUCUUUUCUGGAAUAUUUUGUAUUUUUGAGAAUUAAAACUCAAGCUUAUAAAAUAAAAGCUUUUGUUGAAAAUGUUUGUAUGGUUAUUUAUGCUUUAAUGAUGUCUUCUUGACAUAAAUCAUUUAAGUUGUUGGCACAUUUGGUGUAGUUAUAAUAUAAAAGUGCUGAAUUAAUACAAUGUGCUGGAAAAUAAUUUUUUUUUGAAUGAUAGAAGUUACCCUGCCAUAAAUCUUUGAGAUUAUUGAUGUAAAUAUAUGAGUUUUGUUAAAAUUAUAUGUUUUCAGAAAAUGAUAAUGUGAAUAAAAAAGGGGUAUGGGAUAGAUGCCAUUGAGACAUUAUACACAGCUAUAAACAUCUUCGUCAUUUGGUCCUGGGUGGAGAGUUGUCUCAUUGGCAAUCAUACCACAUAUUCUUAUUUUUAUAUAAAAUUAAUAUACAGAUGGCAUCUUUUAAGGGCAUACGAUACAGUUACAGGGGAGGUAAUGACGUUGCUAACGUAAAAUGUUAUUUUUCGCGACAUCAAACUGUGACAUAUCGGGAAAAGAUGCAUUUUUCGACUGAUUUUUAUCAUUCAGACUGAUUUAACUUGAAAACGAGUUUAUGGACCCCUCUUUUUAAAAAUGACAUUUGGCUUGAUUAUGUAUAAAGAAUAUUUUUGCCAAUUUUUAUAAACAAAUCACAGAUGAAUUUUUUUUAAAAUUAGAUAGCUAUACAGCAAAAAAUGCCAUUUUUUGACUAAAAUCAUGAAAAUAUGAAUAAAUAGAUUAUUUCCAAAGAAGUGUUACACAAAUCCAAAGCACAAUCCUGUAGAGAAGAUAUUACAGAUGUAUUUACAAAAGUCUGCUUGCGUUUAUCUUUUGAAACAAAAAAGUUAGGUAUGUCUUUCCAAAGGAUAGACAUUUCAAAGAAACCGAAAUUUCCAGUAAAUGUCUAAAAUUUCGACCCCAUUUAUCUCUAAAAGUAGCACAUGAAGGUAUAAUUUUUAUAACAUAUUUGAAUUGACUAGGUGAAAAACAGCUUGUAUGCAAACUUUAGUCAAAAAUUCACCGUGGGAUCAAAACUGUAUCGUAUGCCCUUAAUCAGGCAUUUACUUUAUAUUAUUAUCUCUAGUUAGCCCUUACAAAUGACAAAGUUUGUAAUAAUUCAAUAGAGAUGAGUUAUUCUGAAUAAAGGAAUUUUAACUCUGUGAGUGAACAACUAAUGAAAAGAGACAACCUCUGGGCAAUAAUUUUAUUUGUGUCAAUGACAAAUGGUCUAUUUUUGCUAUGUUAUUGAUACAAUCAUCUGCAUUACAUGCAAGCUGAAAUGCAAGGAAAAAAGUAAAGUCACAACCCUGUUCAGAGAGUUUGUAUCAUAAAUAUCUUGUUUGUGAAAUGUUUAUUGAUUUAAAAGGCAAAAUGCUUAACAAAUUUUACCACUUUUGCAAAAGUAGUUGGAAUUAAAAAGAAAGAAAUCAAGAUUUACAGUAGGAAAAAUAAAAUGCCAACAUGUACAUUAAAACAGUGGAAUUUGUAGUGAAAUUUUUAGAAAGAUAUUGGAUGCUUGUUCAUACAUGCAUGAUAAUUUCAUUAAACAUCUAUGUUGUUGUUUGAAAUAUAAAAUAUAUGUUGUGUUGUGUUGUGUUGUUGUAGUUAUAGUUUUAUGUUUCUUGUUACUGAUGCAAAUUGCAACAAAGGGUCACCUUUCUUUGUUUUGACUAUAACCAAUCAGAAUAUAUAUUCUCAAAAACCCUAGUGAGCAUCUGUAUUACAUGGUGCAUGGAAAUAUAAGCAUACAUGCAGAUAUAUUUAGUGGAAUAAAUUAGCUGCCUAUUAAAAGUAAGUUAAUGUGACAGAAUUUUUGUAUUAUUUGGCAACUUUUACAACUUUUUUAGUUUGUUUAUUAAAAACUUAACUCAUUAAAGACAUCAUAACAUCAUAUGUUUCAUCAAGUAAAAUAAGUGUGGUGUAGUGAAAUAAUGGUACCAUCCAUGCUUGAUUGAGAAAACCGUAUAUUUUAAAAUGUAUGUACAUGUUUUCUAAUGAUUGAAUAUGGGAUCUAGUUAUUUACAUUGUAAUAUCCUGUUGAUAAUACAGUAUAAAUAAAUAAAUACUGAAUUUGGA